UGUGGUUUUUUUCCAGUCUCCAAUCCAGGAUCUCAUGUCCUCCAGGCUCCUAGAAUGGAGCAGGAAGAGGAUCUGAUUACCCAGAGUUCAAGGGAUCUACCUGAGGCUCCUAGAGGACACAUAGCAGGCGGUGGGCCUGGGGUGGGGGGACUUGCGGGCGAGCCGGCCCCUUACAAGUGCUCCAUUUGCCGAAAGAGGUUCAACAAGACAUCCAACCUGGUCCAGCACGAGAAGAUCCACACGGGCGAGAAGCCCUACAAAUGCUCGCAGUGCGGGAAAAGGUUCACCCGGAGCAACAACCUGGCCGAGCACGAGAGGAUCCACACGGGAGAGAAGCCUUUCAAAUGUCCUGAGUGCGGGAAGACCUUCAACCGCAGCUCCAUUCUGCUCAGGCACCGGAGGAUCCAUACGGGAGACAAGCCCUACAAGUGCCCCCGGUGCGGGAAGAGUUUCGACGAGAGCGCCCGGCUCCGGGUGCACCAAAGGACUCACCUGACAGAGGUGGCCUACCUCAUCGACAGCAACGGGGAGGCCAUGGCCAUCGACACGAGCGGCGUGGCCCACAGCUGCUCCGACUGCGGCAAGACCUUCAGCCUCUACUCCAACCUGACGAAGCACCAGAGGAUUCACACGGGCGAGAAGCCGUACCGCUGCGCCCAGUGCGGGGUCCACUUCAGCGAAGCCUCCAACCUGAUCCGCCACCAGAGGUACCACGCACGAGACAAGCCCUUCCAGUGCCCCAUGUGCCAGAAGAGCUUCGGCCAGAGCUCGCACCUCAUCCAGCACCAGCGCAUCCACACGGGCGAGCGGCCCCACAAGUGCCCCGACUGUGGGAAGAGCUUCAUCGAGAACUCAACGCUGAGGAAACACCAGCGGAUCCACACCGGGGAGAGGCCCCACCGGUGCGUGGAGUGCGGCAAGAGCUUCAGCCUCAGCUCCCACCUGGUGACGCACCAGAGAAGCCACACCGGGGAGCGGCCUUACAAAUGUGAGGAGUGCGGGAAGGGCUUUGCCGACACGUCCUCCCUCAUCAUCCACCGGCGGAGCCACACCGGGGAGAAGCCCUACAAGUGCGACGUGUGCGGCAAGGCCUUUGUGCUGAGCUCCGUCUACCUGAACCACCGCCGGACUCACACCGGGGAGAAGCCUUUUGGCUGCCCCGACUGCGGCCGCGCCUUCCGCCAGUGGUCGCAGCUGGUCAUUCACCGGAGACUCCACACGGGCGAGCGGCCCUACAAAUGCCCCUAUUGCAACAAGGGGUUCUGCGACAGCUCCACCCUGACGAAGCACAAAAGGACCCACACGGGAGAGAAGCCAAACACGUGCGCCAAGUGCGGGGUGAGCUUCGGCUCGAAGGCCCAGCUGGUGGAGCAUCAGACGCUGCACGGGGGAGAGGCGUCCGCUCUGGCUAUCCUGUAGCCCACAGCUGGCCAUUGAGAAGCUUGCCUUUUAUGUUGGAGGUCCAGAUGCCGUUGGACUCUUCUUCCCAUCAUCCCCGGUUGCUGUGGCCAGUGGUGAGGGAUGAUGGGAGUUGUAGUCCAUCAACAUCUGGAGGGGCCAUUCUUGCCUUUAUUUUUGAGAUGUGUAUGGGAUAGCUCUGCUGGCUGUUUGAUCACCUCUGUAUUAAUUCUUGACCCUUUGCCUUCCAGUGCCAGUGAGCACGGCAACCUUCGCCCCAUCACUUAGUGUGAGGUGCGUUGGUUGCUGGGCAUGCAAAUAGGUAUGAGAUGAAGGUGGACAUCGGAGUGGUGACUGGUAAUGCCUGCCAGAAGCAGGGGAAAGCAGAGGUGUUCCCCUCAUUGGGCACAGAUGGGCACAUAGGUGGGGGCUACUUUAACAAACAGGCUAUUAUCCUCCCCUCACUCUUUACUUUCAGAUGAUGCUCCUAUGUGCACCAGCAAAACAGUGGACAGACUCACAAAGUAUGGAACAUUGAGAGAUGCACACUUUAGAUUUUUUUUUUAAAGGAGUAGAAAACCUGCCCUCUAUUUUUUCUCUGUGUAGAAUUUUGAGAGUAUAAGAACAGAAAUUUCUCCAGCAUAGCACUGUUAUUAAGGGUUAACAAUUACCACAGUUGCUAUUUUUUCCUGCAUUCCACUUGGUGCUACAAAAUAUUUUUUUCUCCUUGUGAAAGGAAUAUCCCACCAUCCAUGGAUUUCACGGAAGAGACCCAAUGUGCUGCCUCCAACCUGCCAAUUCAGUGUGUGUCCAUAAAACUUUUUUUUAAUUGUCUUUUUACAUUUUUUAAAAAAAAUGUCUUUGAAAGGACCCCAAAGCCAAUAGCACUGCUUCCUCAGGUAUAAGGAGCAGCGUGGGAACUUUUGGCCCUGUUUAAAUCACCCAAAGCUUGCUGUGUUGUCACACAAAAUAUAGUUAAGAUUAACUAGAGCUUGUUGAAAGAAGCCGACUUCAAACCACAAGGAGCUGGCCUAUUUUCAACAAGUGGGGCUGUCUCUGUGGCUCUCAGAGGGUUGGCCCAGCCUUAAUCCAGCCCUCAGGCUAAAAGGGACCAUUGCCCUGCACUAAACCAUGGUUUAGCUUUUGUGUGAAAUGCACAUGUGCAAAAGUAAUCCAAACAUUUUCCAAAACACUAUAUUUUUGUGUUUGCCCUUGCAUUUGUCAAUUCUGUUUUGGUCUAUUCAAUCUUCAAAUGUUUGUUUCCUCCAAGUGAUGAAAUUUGAAGUUAAGCAAGAGCUGAAUGCUUGAUUUAAUGGAAGCUCCUUCCAGGAGCUGCUCUAACGUUCAAGAAAAUCCACAAUGCUACGUCUUGCAGGGAUAUUUGGUUUUCUCUUUGGGAGACUAAUAUUUUGAAAGAGUGGUGGGCCAAAGGGGCCAAAGACAGACUGGACAUUAUUCCAGAAUGUUCUGUCAGCCCUGAAAAGAAAGAUGGCCAAUGAUGGUCUUCUCUUAUGGCCUUAAAAUCCUUCCAACAAAGAUUGCAAUAUUUAGUCAAUUAUUUGAUUAAAAGCAUUGAUAAAGGAGAUGCCCCCACAAUUAAUUGGAAAGAUCAAGAUGCAUUUAAUUGACUCAAAUGCCUGAUUUCUAACACCAGUAUCUGGGUAUUAGAAGUGGGGAUAAUGAAACUAAUGGGGCACUGAAUAACUUUCCCUAAGUUUUGUUGUAUAGCACACUAGGGCCUAGAGGGGAUCAGCAACCAGAGCCCCCUGGGCCUAAUCAGGUUUCCCAGAGGAUGCUCUCUUUCCCCCAAUAUAGAAGGCAAAGAGAUGUAGUAAUAUUGCCAUCUGUGGGCUCCUCCUCAUGCUGAUGGAGGGGAGGAGCUUGAGGGAGUACCUCGAUUUGCCCGUCAAGAAAACGUUUUAUUUUUGUAUAUGAGACCAUUUAGUGAAGGGCAGGCUUUGGACAGUGGCUUAAGGUCCAGACCAAGAUCAUCACACUUCAUUCCUAUUGAAAUCAGUGGGAGCAAAGUAAUUGUGACUU